AUGCUUAACUGCAAGCCCGCUCCUACGCCCGUCGACACCAAGGCCAAGGUUUCCGCUUUGGGGGGUUCGCCUGCAUCUGAUGCGGCCUUCUACCGCUCCAUUGUGGGUGCUUUGCAGUACCUGACGCGCCCCGACUUGCAGUAUGCUGUUCAGCAGGUCUGUCUCCACAUGCAUGCUCCGCGCGACUCCCACUGGACUCUGGUGAAGCGUAUCCUUCGAUACAUACGCGGCACCCAGUCUUUGGGACUUACGCUGACGGCCUCCGCCUCCACCGACCUCGUCGCCUAUUCUGAUGCGGACUGGGCUGGCUGCCCGGACACACGGCGCUCCACCUCGGGUCCCUGA